AUGGUUAUGUUCACGUGUAGGUUUCUGCCUUCUCCUCUUAAGAGAAGGAUUAAGGAAAUUAGUAGAGACAUACGAGCUUCACUCUCGGAUAUGAUUGAAAAGAGAGAGAAGGCACUAAAGGGGGGUGAAGCCCCUAAAGACAACUUGUUAGAUACACUUCUGGAGUCGAAUCGGAAGGAAAUUGAAGAACAUGGAAAAAAUAAGAAGGUUGGAAUGACUAUUGAGGAUGUUAUGGACGAAUGCAAGCUCUUCUACGUAGCAGGACAAGAGACGACUGCAUCUUUGCUUGUUUGGACAAUGAUAGUGCUGAGUAUGUACCCUGAUUGGCAAGCACGUGCAAGAGAAGAAGUAUUGAAAGUUUAUAGCAACCGAAAACCAGAUUUUGAUGGACUGCACCACCUUAAGAUUGUAAGUUUCUAUCAUGGUACACUAUUUUUCAACACAUUUACAUACAAUUAUAUGUUUUCCAUUUUUUCGCAACAGACCACCAUGAUUUUCUACGAGGUUCUUAGGUUGUACCCACCGAUAGUUGUUUUUCAUCGACAAGUUCACAAAGAUGUGAAACUUGGAAACCUCUCAUUACCUGCUGGAGUGAAGAUUGCCUUGCCAUUGGUUAUGGUUCACAAUGAUUGUAAACUCUGGGGUGAUGAUGCUAAGGAGUUCAAACCAGAGAGAUUUUCUGCAGGACUUCUGAAGGCCACAAAUGGAAAAGCUUCAUUCUUCCCCUUUGGAGGAGGUCCAAGAAUAUGCUUAGGACAAAACUUUACCUUGUUGGAAGCAAAGGUUACUUUGUCGAUGAUUUUACAACGUUUCUCGGUUGAACUUUCUCCAACCUAUGUUCAUGCUCCAUGUUCCGUGAUUUCUCUUCAGCCCCAAUAUGGUGCUCAUGUCAUUCUACGUAAGGUUGAAAAUAAAAAAUACUAA